UUUUUUCGUUUUUUUGGGUUUACAUUGUUUGGUUAAUUGAUUUGUUUUACUAUGAGAAAGAAUGCAAGAAGUAAUCUCAAUCUUCGACGCGAGAAUUGAGUUUGAUCUGAGUUUUUGAUUUUUUUUUUGAAGUUUUUGGGUUGUUUAAAUUCUAGGAGUUUUGAUUUUAUUGAGUUUGGAAUAAAUGGCGAAUGGACUGAUCCAACAAUGGUGUCAAAGGUGAUGGAGUUGAGUAAGGAGUUGAGUAGGUUAAUCCAAUUAAUCUUGGAUGAAGAUGACUCCCGGCCUGAAACUUUCGAUCAAGCUAUGGAAAUUCUCUCUGCUCUGAAGGAUUUUAAAUGCAAGAAGUCGCUCUCGCAUAAGGUUGAUACUAUCGCGUGUCCCGAUCUUUUCCGGUGCCCUCUUUCCAAGGAACUCAUGAAGGACCCUGUUGUCUUGGCUAGCGGAGAGACCUAUGAUCGACCAUUUAUUCAGAAGUGGUUAAAAGAUGGGAAUCUGAUUUGCCCCAAGUCCAAAGAGAUCAUCUCCCAAUCCGUUCUAAUUCCCAAUCUCUUGGUCCAGGACAUCAUUUCUGAAUGGUGCAAGAACCAGGGAAUCAAGCUACCURACCCAGCUCAGGAUUCCGACGAAGAAGGGAUCACACAGGUAGCCAUACAACAUUUUGAGUCUUUGCUUGACGCUAUACUAUCUAAUAAUCUUUCAGGGCAGAAAAGGGCGGCAAAAGAGUUCCGGCGGCUGACCAAACGAGAGACCUCAUUCAGGAUUCUAUUUGGCCGGAUUCCACAUGCCAUUGAUCAAUUGCUCAUGCCCAUCACAUCAGGCCGGGCAUCUUUUGUUCCUGACCUCCAAGAAGAUGUAAUAACAACAGUUUUGAAUCUUUCAAUCCAUGACAGUAACAAAAAACUUGUUGCAGAGACUCCGAAGGCAAUUCCUCUGCUUGUUGAGUCCUUAAUGUCUGGAACAAUUGAUACAAGGAGAAAUGCAGCUGCAGCCCUGUUCACAUUAUCAGCCCUCGAUUCCAACAAGGUCCUAAUUGGGAAGUCAGGGGCUCUUAAACCCCUUAUCAAGCUUGUAGAUGAAGGACACCCAUUAGCAAUGAAGGACGCAGCUUCAGCAAUCUUCACUCUUUGCUUCACCUUCGAGAACAGGGCGAGAACUGUUGAUGAUGGGGCAGUGGAGGUGAUCCUAAAGAAGAUCAUGGAGCGGAUAUUGGUUGAUGAGUUGCUAGCAAUCCUUGCUAUGCUAUCUAGCAAUCAGAAGGCUGUUAAGGAAAUGGCUGAUCAUGGUGCUGUGCCAUGUUUGCUUAGCAUCAUCAAAGAGACUUCCUCUGGACACAAUAAAGAGAACUGUGUGGUUAUCCUCUACAGCAUUUGUUUUUCUGAUCGGACAAAGUGCAAGGAAAUCAGAGCAGACGAAAAUGCCCAUGGCACCAUGUCACAGAUUGCACAGAAUGGGACACCAAGGGCUAAGAGAAAGGCUAACGGCAUCCUGGAGAGACUUAAUAGAGUUGCUAUUAAUACACAUACAGCCUGACAAAUUCCCUUUACAACAUAUUUUCUGUAGAUAUUGUUUCUUCUUUCAACAUCCUACACAUUUGUCCAAUUGGGUACUCUGUAAAAAGAUUUACAUUCACAUACAUGUUUCAUAUUCAAACCCUAGACUUAUGGGUAACACAGAACACUAGACCUGUAUCUCUUAA